UCCUCACCCCUCUCACCCGCACCCUUCCCACUCGCACCCGCACUCGCACCCUCACUCGCACCCCCACCACCACCAUACGCACCACCCGCCGCCUGCAACCAUGACCACCACGGCUCGUGAGCACCUGCUGGUGGUGCGUCGACGCAGCCCCCACAUGCGCUACACCCUCAGCCCGGAGAACCUCCGCAGCCUCUCCGUGCAGAGUGGAGGUGGAGGUGGAGGGGUCAUUGGAGAUCGAGAUAGAAUUCACGGUGGAGGUUCGAGAUCUUCUUCCCUCGGCGGCUCGAGCGGCAGCGGUUCGACGGACUCGGCGCCGCCGCAGCUGGGCCUGCAGCGGGCCAACAGCGACACGGACCUGGUGACGUCGGAGAGCCGCUCCUCGCUGACGGCCUCCACCUACCAGUUCACGCUGGGCCGCGCCAACAACCUGGUCAUCUCCUGGGACAUCAAGGAGGAGGUGGACGCCACCGACUGGAUCGGCCUCUACCAGAUCGAUGAGACGUGUCCGGCUAACGUGUGGGACUCGAAGAACCGCGGCGUGAACGGCACACAGAGGGGCCAGAUCGUCUGGAGACUGGAGCCUGGGCCCUACUUCAUGGAACCGGAGACUAAGAUCUGCUUCAAAUACUACCACGGAGUGAGCGGAGCCCUGAGAGCGACUACACCCUGCAUUACAAUCAAGAACCCCGGAGUUCCAGUUGGAGCAGAGGGACAAGCAGAUGGCCAUUCGUUGACGGAGCACUGCCGCAAGCUGGUCAGCUUUACCUUGUCAGAGCUCCGAGCCCAGGGCCUGAAGAAGGGGAUGUUCUUCAACCCGGACCCCUACCUGAAGAUGUCCAUCCAGCCGGGCAAGAGGGGAAACUUCCCCACCUUCACACACCACGGCCAGGAGAGGAGAGCCUCCAUCAUCACCAACACCACCAACCCCAUCUGGCACGGAGAGAAGUACACUUUUGUGGCUCUGGUGACGGAUGUCUUGGAAAUCGAGGUCAAGGACAAGUUUGCCAAAAGUCGCCCAAUCAUCAAGCGCUUUCUGGGUCAGCUGACCAUCCCGGUGCAGAGACUCUUGGAGAGGCACGCCUCGGGAGAUCAGCCCGUGAGCUACACCCUGUGCCGGCGGUUACCCACAGAGCAUGUCAGCGGCCAGCUUCAGUUCAGAGUGGAGAUCACUUCCACAGGACACGAAGAUGUCGUCGGCCCCAUCCUGGGGGCCUCAGCCAUGAACGGCGACCCGGGCAGCCCCUCCGACGACGAGGACGUCCUGCACCCGUCCUCCCGCUACCUGCGCGGCCCCUCCCCCACCGGCUCCGAGGACGGCUCCCUGCACGGCGAGGGCCUGCUCCACAACGGAGACGGCGUCUUCCGCACCGCGGCCGAAGACGACCGGCUGCUCCUCCGGAUGACGGGGGGAGCCAAUGGCGCUUGCCUGGGGGCCGUUGGGGGGGCCGAGGCAGCCUCGGGGCCGGCGGCGCUCUCGAUGGCGGAGCUGGGGGCCGCUGGGGGGCACACGCACCGGCAGGUGUCCCUCAACGACUACCUGGACGCCAUCGAGGCCCCCAAGGGGCCCGGCGAGAGGCCGCUGGGCGCCGCCUCGCCCAAGCUGCGCUCCAGCUUCCCCACCGACACGCGGCUCAACGCCAUGCUGCACAUCGACUCGGACGAGGACGAGGAGGGGGUGUCGUCGCGCAGCGCCACAAGUGUGGCGGCCGACGCCCAGCCCUCUCCUCUGACCAAUGGGGCGGCGGCCGUUGCUUCUGCUGCACCUAUGACAACAUCUACGUCCACACCCACACCUACGCCUGCAGGCGGGGCUGAAGGACACACCUCCACAGAGAAGGAGGAAGGAGAAAUGGCAAAGAAGACGGAGAACAAGGAAGGGGAGACGACAUCAGUGGCAGCUGCAGCGGAGGGUGCGACUGCUGAAGCAACCGGAGCAGGAGCAGGGGCUAACUCGGCAGGAACAGCAGUGGCUUCAGCCUCAGCAGCAGAUUCGACAUCAACACCAUCACCAGCAGCGGCAGCAGCAGCAACAGCAACAGCAACAGCAGCACCAGCACCACCAGCAGCAGCAACAGCAGCUGAGAAGGGAGAGACCACCGAGACGGAGGGCAGUGGGAGCAGCGUGGAGGAGAGAACACAGGAGGGGAAAUCAGGGGAGGAACAAGCGGGGGCCACGGCCACUGCUGCUGCUGCUGCUGCUGGGCCCUGUCAGGGAGCUCAGACUGGGGCCCCCAGUGCACAGGUGCCAGAGGGGGAGAGCCAAACGAAGGAGGCAUCCAGUAGCAACAGGUCUGUAGAGACAGUGGAGUCAACAGAGGCACCAACCAACGCCACCAAGACCACACCCCCAAACAAUGCCAGUGCCAAUAGCGAUGGAGGAGCAGCAGGAGGCGGGGCAUCAGCUGCUGCCACAUCCAACCAAUCAGGACAGACAAAGGAAGGGGAAGAGGAGGAGGAAGGAGAAGAGGUCUGGCAGAGGAGGCGGAGUCUUCAGGCAGCU